AUGAUGAAAGAUGAAGAUGAAAAAGCGUUGGAUACGUAUCAAAAAGUUCUUGUUAUGAUCAAUGAAAUCUUCGGUAACGAUCAUCUCCGCUUAGGAGUAGUAUUUCAUAAUCUUGGAAAUUUGUUUUUAAGAACAGCGCAAUAUGAACAAGCUAAAGAGUAUUUGAAUAAAGCCCUAAAAAUUCGAUUAAAUAGUCCAGAUGUUGAUGCUGAUGAUCGUGCUGCAACUUUUACUAGUCUUGGUUUGGUAAAUUUACGACUGGGUUCAUUCAAUGAAAGUCUCUACUACCCAGGUCGACCAAUCUGA